AUGGAGGAGGUGCCCAUGUCCCAGCGCUGUGUCGUUGGCCCCAAAAGACCAUCCCCUAUAGGCAGAAGGGUGCCUCCUGCUGCAGAACUGCCCUCUCAUGUGGAGCUGGUGCUAGAGAUACCGUUCUCUGACUUUGGCAAGGCAGGCAGUCCCAACACCAUCAGCGCUGCCUGCUCACUUCUGCCAUCUUCUCAGCAGGUGCCCUGGAGCUCUGGUCCUGGCCUAGGGUUUCCAAAGUUUGGCUGUGUUGUCAUUGCAUGGGAUUCUUUGGCUUUAUCCUUUUUGAGGUUCAUGCAGCUUCUUGAAGCUGCAAGUUUGUUUGUUAGCCACAUUUGGGUCAAGGCCGUGGACCUCUGGAACCAUACUUCCCUAUCAGACUUCAUCCUUUUGGGUCUGUUCAGCUACUCACCAUAUGACUUCUUCCUUUUUUCCCUUGUCCUUCUGGCCUCUGCUGCCGCCCUGGCUGGAAACAUCCUCUUCCUCCUGCUCAUACAAGCUGACAGGCGCCUGCACACCCCGAUGUACUUUUUUCUCAGCCAGCUCUCCAUCAUGGACCUGACCAUGAUGGGCACGGUGGUGCCCAAGAUGGCAGCCAACUACCUCUCGGGCAGUAAGUUCAUCUCUUGGGGCGGCUGUGCGGCUCAGGUCUUCUUUGUGGUCAUCGUAGGAGGAGGGGAGUGCUUCCUCUUAGGGGUCAUGUCCUAUGACAGGUACGUGGCGGUAUGCCACCCCCUGAGGUACCCUGUGCUCAUGAACUGGAAGGCCUGCUGUCUGAUGGCCUUGGCAUCCUGGAUGGGUGGAGUCGCUGACAGCGUGAUUUAUGUGGGUGUGGUCUUCACUUUCCCCUAUUGCAGCUCUCUGCAAGUGGAUCACUUUUUCUGUGAGGUCCCAGCCCUGUUGAGGCUCUCUUGUGCUGACACUUCCCUCUUUGAAGACCUCAUCUUCACUUGCUGUGUGCUCAUGCUGCUGCUGCCCCUGGGGGUCAUUGUGGCUUCCUAUGCCCGAAUCCUCAUGGCUGUGAUUAGGAUGCCCUCCACGGAGGGGAAACAGAAGGCCCUGACCACUUGCUCCUCCCACAUGGCUGUGGUGGGCCUUUACUAUGGGGGAGGCAUAUUUAACUACAUGCAGAGAGCUUCUGCUAGGACACCAACGGGAGACAGAGCCAUCUCCAUCUUCUACACCAUCCUUGUCCCAAUGCUCAACCCACUCAUUUACAGCCUGAGGAACAGGGAGGUAAUGCGGGCCCUGAAGCUGGUGCUGGGUAGAUAG